GGAAGGAGGCCAUGCUGAAACAGAAGGACUACGAAACCGCCACCCUGUCGGACAUCAAAGCCCUCAUCAGGAAGCACGAAGCCUUCGAGAGCGACCUGGCAGCACACCAGGACCGCGUGGAGCAGAUCGCAGCUAUCGCCCAGGAGCUCAACGAGCUGGAUUACUACGACUCGCCCAGCGUGAACGCGCGGUGCCAGAAGAUCUGCGACCAGUGGGACGUUCUGGGUUCCUUGACCCACAGCAGGAGAGAAGCUCUCGAGAAAACGGAGAAGCAGCUGGAAACGAUCGACGAGCUGCACCUAGAGUACGCGAAGAGGGCGGCCCCUUUCAAUAACUGGAUGGAGAGCGCCAUGGAAGACCUUCAGGACAUGUUCAUCGUCCACACCAUCGAGGAGAUCGAGGGGCUCAUCGCCGCUCACGACCAGUUCAAGUCCACCCUGCCCGACGCCGACAAGGAGCGUGAGGCCAUCCUGGGCAUCCAGAGGGAAGCACAGCGGAUCGCUGACUUCAACAGCAUCAAACUCUCGGGGAACAACCCCUACACCUCCGUCACCCCGCAGAUCAUCAACUCCAAGUGGGAACGGGUCCAGCAGCUGGUGCCGAAGAGGGACCAUGCCUUGCUCGACGAGCAGAGCAAGCAGCAAUCCAACGAGCAUUUACGUCGGCAAUUCGCCAGCCAGGCCAACAUCGUGGGGCCCUGGAUCCAGACCAAGAUGGAGGAGAUCGGACGCAUCUCCAUCGAGAUGAACGGCACGUUGGAAGACCAACUCAACCACCUGAAGCAAUACGAGCAGAGCAUCGUGGAUUACAAACCCAACCUCGAUCUGCUGGAGCAGCAGCACCAGCUCAUUCAGGAGGCGUUGAUCUUCGACAACAAACACACCAACUACACCAUGGAGCACAUCCGCGUGGGCUGGGAGCAGCUCCUCACCACCAUCGCCCGCACCAUCAACGAGGUGGAGAACCAAAUCCUCACCCGCGACGCCAAGGGCAUCAGCCAGGAGCAGAUGCAGGA